AUGGCUCCGUCGGUGCUCGUCCAGCCGGUCACCUUGUCCAAUACCGGUCUGAAAAAUGCGUGGAGCAGCGUUUCUGAGUUUCCACCCCACGCAGAAUCUCUUCUGGGGGCCACUUUGCUCUCCAAAAUCCAGAGCGUCGACCACAACACCUGUGAACCAGACGAACUCGAUCCGUUCUUUGUGUGUGACCUGGGCGAACUGAAACGGCUUGUCAGACUUUGGCGCAUAGAGAUGCCACGUGUGGAGCCUUUCUACGCAGUGAAGUGCAACAACGACGAAAAACUGCUGCACACACUGCUCCAGAUGGGGCUCGGCUUUGAUUGUGCUUCCAAGACCGAGAUCCAGAAGAUGUUGUCCUUGGGUGCCGAUCCGUCCAAAAUCAUCUACGCCAACCCUUGCAAGGCCGUCCCUCACGUGCGCUACGCACGUCAAAAUGGUGUCAACCUCACCACUGUGGACAACGUCGACGAGGUGCGCAAGAUAGCUGCUCACCACCCUGGCUGUGGAGUCCUUAUCCGCAUCCACACGGACGACUCCGACGCCACGUGCCCGCUGUCCAUCAAGUUUGGUGCAUCGUUGGACGAGGCGCGGACUUUGGUUCAGGAGUGCGCCAAACUGGGGCUCAAUCUUGAGGGUGUCGCAUUCCACGUUGGUUCCGGUUGCAAGAAUUUCAGCACCAUCGAGACAGCCAUCAGAGACUCCAGGAUGGUCUUUGACUACGCCGAGUCUCUAGGUUAUACCUUGAAAAUGCUCGAUAUUGGGGGUGGUUUUUCGAAGCCCACGUUCCACGCAUCGGCGGCCGUAUUUCGGUCUGCUCUGGACACCCACUUUGCUGCUGAUGAGUUCCCAGAUCUCCAAAUCAUCUCUGAGCUGGGCCGCUUUUUGGCAGCCUCGUGCUUCACCCUCGCGGUCAAUGUCACGUCCAAGCGGUCUGAUGCCUUUCAGGAAAGAAUAUACGUGAACGACGGUGUUUACGGCAACCUCAAUUGUAUUCUGUUCGACCACCAGAAGGUCGAGCCUAAAGUGCUCACCUCGCAUGGUCGGUUUGUGUUCCACUCAAAUUACAACCACCCAGAGAAGGAGCUCGCUGCGGCAGCCAAUCCGUCCAAACAGUAUUCUGUCUGGGGUCCGACCUGCGACGGACUGGACUGUAUCAGUCCAAACUGUAGGCUGUCUCAGGAGGUCAUUGCUGGUGACUGGCUUUACUUUAAAGAUACAGGUGCCUAUACAUCUGCUGCAGCAACAAACUUCAACGGGUUCACCGCAAAGAGCGAGUGUUUGUAUAUCGACAGCUACCAAUAG